AUCAAGCGCCCAUAGUACUUAAUCACUGCGCCAACGAAGAGCAUAAGCACACCCCAUAAUCUGAACCCACCACGCGCAGCAGGCCGAGCUCGACCGGUGGGGUAUAGGGCUCGUAUUAACAUAUUACUAAUUUAUUGCCUCUAAUUUUCUAGGUGGUGAAUUAUACACGGCAACCGCAGCCGAUUUCUCCGGUACUGAUCCGUUAAUAUACCGUGAACCGGUAAGGACUGAACGCUCUGACCUCCGGCUGUUAAACGAUCCAUCCUUUGUCGGAGCAGUUGCUUCUACGAGUCACGUUUACUUCUUUUAUCGUGAAACUGCUGUGGAGUACAUGAACUGUGGCAAGGCUGUGUAUUCGAGAGUGGCGAGAGUAUGUUUAAACGACAAAGGUGGACCACACACAUUUAGCGACCGAUGGACAUCAUUUAUGAAAACUCGACUUAACUGUUCUAUGCCUGGCGACUACCCAUUUUAUUUCGAUGAAAUCCAGGCUACCACUGAACUUAUAAAUGGCAUUUAUGGCAGUGGAGGGAGUAGGAAUGAUGUCAUAUACGCAGUAUUUACGACACCUCGCAAUGCAAUUGGCGGAUCAGCAGUAUGCGCAUUUGCAAUGAGAGAUAUUUUAGACGCUUUCGAGGGCCAAUUCAAAGGCCAGGAAAGCAUGAAUUCUAAUUGGCUUCCACUAGAAAAAGAGAAAGUACCAGAACCGAGGCCAGGGUCAUGCGCCGAGGACAGCCGAACGCUUUCAGACUCUGCGGUUAACUUCAUAAAAACACAUCCCCUCAUGGACAAAGCAGUCUCAUCUUUUCUAGCCCGACCAAUCCUAGUUAGAGUUAGCCUUCAAUAUAGAUUUUCUUCGAUAGCUGUCCAUCCUCAAGUGCAAGCAAUGAAUGGCAAUAAAUAUGAUGUUAUGUACGUUGGUACCGAUGACGGCAGAGUAAUUAAAGCCGUGAAUGUUGCUGCGAACGAAGGUGCAUUUGAUGAAACUGCAGAAGAGCACUAUAAGAACCCUGUGAGAACGGCUGUGAUAUCAGAAGAACAAGUGUUGCCUUUAGGCGUACCCGUCAAACAAAUGCACGUGGCUCUGACGACAGAAAAACUCAUUGUUGCGUCUGACAACCUCAUAAAAGCGGUAACAUUGUCACACUGCGGCAACGUAAAAUCGUGCAGAGAGUGUGUUGCUCUUCAAGAUCCCCAUUGCGCUUGGGAUUCCAAGGAACAACAAUGUUCUUGGGUCGGAAACAGGCAAUUUCCGAAUCCCGAGAGGUUUCUACAAAAUGUAGAGUAUGGAAAGACUGAAAUAUGUAAUAAGUUGCCAGCCCUUCUACCGAACGAACGGCACACUAAUAGAAGCCCAGGAACAAAGAAGCCUGUGAUAUCGGAACCCGAUAUUCGUCAGAAACCGGGCGAUAUUCAAAACGAAAUAUUAAUAGAAGUUGUCGAAACCAAUGUGUUACAAGAACCAAAGUCAGACGAAAACUCUAAACAUAAUACUGAUUUACUAACAGUCGAGGCUGCUGACGGAAAUAUCUACAGUGCUCAAGCCCUACUCACAGCUGUAGUGGCCUCAUGCCUUGUGACACUCAUGGUGGGAUUCGUCAUUGGGUACCUCUUCUCACGGCGAUUUCGUCACCCAUUUUUUCCCGAUACCUCAUCCUACAAUGAACAACACAAUCAUUUAAAUAGACUGAGCGCAUUAGAGACGCCGCUGAAUGCAAAUCCCGCAUACAUGCCCCCACGGUCUAAGAACGUGAAUAUGGUGGCGAAUGUAUGCCCCCUAGCUAAACAAGACAAUUUGCACCUGGAGCUUGGAAAAGAACGAUCACUCGAUCUACGCAAUUCAACAGAAUCACUCGACAAAGAUCUCAAAUGUGGGACUCUGCAGAAAGUGAAAAAAACUUAUAUUUGAAAACUACCCCAACAGACAAUGUACGGUUCCAUUACUAAGUGAUAGAGACAAUGUGUGCGUCACAUGUGCCAAGUCUUCGGGAUAAUUUGGAUGAAACAAUGUGAAUUGAUUGGUUGACUUGACGGUCCUGUAAAUAUUGUGGAUUAUUUCAGUGUACAGUUUAUUAAACUUUUGACAAGUGAAAAUUGCAUUUAAACAUUAGAUCGAUUCUAUGUAUAAAUGACCAGCAAUCUAGGGCUGGUAACUUAUUCGGAUGUUUAAUACUGAACCAACACUACAUUAAUCAUGUGUUUGUUUGUGAUUUCUGUAACAAAGUUACUCUGAAACGUUUUGGUUGAGUAUUAUAAUUCCAUUUUCAACAUUCCAUAAUCAAUGUAGAACUAGAGCGCAGUGCAGCUAUUAUUAGUUUUGUAAAUAUGAGUAAAUGUGUAUAUACUGAUAAUGUUUAAUAUAGUGAGAUUUAAACAGACCAGAACAUUACACUUCGAUGUUUAAAGUCUCUACACAAUGUGUACUUUAGAAUGUCUAAAUUAAAUAAAGUAUGUUAGUGUAUAAACAUACAGAGAUAUCAAUUUAUAAAGGUGAUGUUAUAAAUUUUGUUUAAUAUGAAGUUUAUGAUAUUAUUAUAGCAUUUGAUUGCUGUGCUAAGUGCAUAGUGCCUUGUAGGUUGCCAAUUUAGUGCCUAAUGUAAUUUAGGAUACAUCAGGAAGAGUAUAGUCUCAAGUUAGAAUUUUUUUAAUUCACAAUUUUAGUUGAAUUGAAAUGAACUGACGCAAGCUUAACAAGCUUUGUACAUAUAAUAUAACGUAAAAUUCACAAGAGAAAUCUUGUAAUUAUUAUUGUAUUAUAAAAUUUUUAUGAAUUAUUUUCUAAAUAUUGUGUCCUAUAUUGUGUAUACCUGAUCCUCCAAUGGCUAAAUUUAUCCACCAGAGAACUAAAUUUAGGAAGUGUUCCCACCGUGAAAUAUAUAAAGUCUAUUUAGUUAAGGCAGGUAUCCAUUUCUGUACAUAUAAAUUACAACUCAAUUAAAAUGUAGGGAUACCUAAACAUGUACUAUGAAAAUCAACUCUUAUUUUUUAAUUUCAACCUAUUUGUAGACAAAAUUAGAACAAAGAUUUUAGAUUAUGUAUUUAGAAGCC